AUGGCACAGGCAAUGCUGGUACCACCAGGAUCUGACUGCUUCUUCUAUUUCACCAAAGAGUCUCUUGCAGCUAUUGAAAAACGUAUUGCUGAUGAAAAGUCUAAUCGUGAUAAAGAUGAGCACAAAGAUGAUGGUGGUCAUGAAGAAGUUCAGCCCACGCCAAAUAAUGACUUGGAGGCAGGAAAGACGCUGCCAUUUAUUUAUGGUGAUAUUCCUCCAGAAAUGGUAUCUGAGCCCCUGGAGGACUUGGAUCCAUAUUAUAUCAAUAAAAAAACAUUUAUAGUAUUGAAUAAAGGGAAGACAAUCUUCAGGUUCAGUGCCACAUCUGCCUUGUACCUUUUAUCUCCUUUCAAUGUUAUUAGAAGAGUAGCUAUUAAGAUUUUAGUUCAUUCGUUGUUCAGCAUGCUCAUUAUGCUCACGAUUUUGACAAACUGUGUAUUCAUGACAUGGAGAAAACUUCCAGAAUGGACAAAGAAUGUAGAGUACACUUUCACUGGAAUUUAUACUUUUGAAUUUCUGGUAAAAAUCCUUGCGAGAGGUUUCUGUAUAGAUGAUUUUACUUGCCUUCGUGACCCUUGGAACUGGCUUGAUUUUGUUGUCAUUUCCUUUGCGUAUAUAACAGAAUUUGUAAACCUAGGCAAUGUUUCAGCUCUUCGAACUUUCAGAGUAUUGAGAGCUUUGAAAACUAUUUCUGUAAUCCCAGGCUUGAAGACUAUUGUGGGAGCCUUAAUUCAGUCUGUGAAGAAGCUCUCAGACGUAAUGAUUUUGACUGUUUUUUGCCUGAGUGUGUUUGCACUAAUUGGUCUGCAGCUGUUCAUGGGCAACUUGAAGAAUAAAUGUUUGUUAUGGCCAUCAAGAAAUUCAACCUCUUUUGAAAAAUACUUAACUCCAUACUUUAAUGAUACAGUGUUUGACUGGGCAGCGUACAUUGAGGAUGAAAGUAAGAAUUACUGUCGUCAUUUUUAUCGUCUAGAAGGACAAAAGGAUUAUCUGCUUUGUGGCAAUAGCUCAGAUGCAGGUAAAUGUCCAGAAGAGUUUAUCUGUGUGAAAGCAGGUAAAAACCCCAACUAUGGUUAUACUAGCUUUGACACAUUCAGUUGGGCUUUCUUGUCCCUGUUUCGACUUAUGACACAGGACUACUGGGAAAAUCUUUAUCAGCUGACGUUACGAGCUGUUGGCAAAACAUACAUGAUAUUUUUCGUUCUGGUUAUUUUUCUGGGUUCCUUUUAUUUGAUUAACUUGAUUUUGGCUGUGGUUGCCAUGGCCUAUGAAGAACAAAAUCAAGCAACUAUGGUUGAAGCAGAACAGAGGGAGGCAGACUUGCAGCAGAUGCUUGAACAGCUAAAGAGGCAGCAAGAGGAAGCUGAGGCAAUAGUGGCAGCUGCAGCAGAGAUGACAGAGUUUGGUGGUGAAAGUGGACCUUCAGACAGUUCUUCUGAAGCAUCCAAGCUUAGCUCAAAAAGUGCCAAAGAAAGGAGAAAUAGACGGAAGAAAAGAAGGCAGAGGGAGCAUUCUGGAGAAGAGGAUAACAUGAAAGAUACAAAGCUUUCAAAAUCCGAGUCAGAUGGCAGUAUGAGAAGGAAAGGUUUCAGAUUUUCUUUUGAUGGCAAUAAACUUGCUUAUGGGACCCGGCUCACAUCACCCCACCAGUCUUUACUAAGCAUUCGUGGCUCCCUGUUUUCCCCCAGACGUAGUAGCAGAACAAGUCUUUUCAGUUUUAGAGAUCAUGGAAAAGAGAUAGGAUCUGAAAAUGACUUUGCUGAUGAUGAACACAGCACAUUUGACGAUAACGGAAGCAGAAGAGGUUCUCUUUUUGUACCACUGAGACACAGUGAACGACGUGGUAGUAAUAUUAGUCAAGCCAGCAGAUCGUCAAGAAAGCUGACAAUGUUUCCAGUGAAUGGGAAGAUGCAUAGCACUGUGGAUUGCAAUGGAGUGGUUUCUUUAGUGGAUAGACCUUCAUGUCUCCUGUCGCCUACAGGGCAGCUUCUGCCAGAGGUGACAAUAGACAAACCAACAACUGAUGACAAUAGUACUACUACAGAAAUGGAAAUAAAAAAGAGGCGUUCAAGCUCAUAUCAAAUACCAAUGGAUUUGCUGGAGGAUCCCAAUCUAAGACAAAGAGCCAUGAGUAUAGCUGGCAUCAUCACAAGUACAAUGGAAGAACUCGAAGAAUCCAGACAAAAAUGUCCACCCUGCUGGUAUAAGUUUGCCCACACAUACUUAAUUUGGAAUUGUUGUGAGUUUUGGUUAAAAGUGAAGAGUGUAAUUUCAUUUAUUGUAAUGGACCCAAUUGUUGAUCUGGCUAUCACUAUUUGCAUAAUUUUAAACACACUGUUUAUGGCCUUGGAGCAUUAUCCAAUGACGGAGACUUUUAACAAUACACUUAAAGUAGGAAAUCAGGUUUUUACUGGAAUUUUUGCAGCAGAAAUGGUUCUCAAGAUAAUUGCCAUGGAUCCUUUUUAUUAUUUCCAAGUUGGCUGGAAUAUUUUUGAUAGCUUUAUAGUUACCCUCAGUUUGGUGGAGCUUUUUCUGGCAAAUGUGGAUGGAUUAUCUGUUCUACGAUCGUUCAGAUUGCUUCGAGUUUUCAAGUUGGCAAAAUCUUGGCCAACUCUAAAUAUGCUGAUUAAGAUUAUUGGCAACUCAGUGGGGGCUUUGGGCAAUUUGACCCUGGUAUUGGCCAUCGUUGUGUUCAUUUUUGCUGUGGUUGGGAUGCAGCUGUUUGGGAAAUACUACAAGGAAUGUGUCUGCAAGAUCUCUAGCGACUGCGAACUUCCACGCUGGCACAUGCAUGACUUUUUCCACUCUUUCUUGAUUGUAUUCCGAGUGCUGUGUGGAGAAUGGAUAGAAACAAUGUGGGACUGCAUGGAGGUUGCAGGGCAGCCUAUGUGCCUUACUGUCUUCAUGAUGGUCAUGGUGAUUGGAAACCUAGUGGUAUUGAACCUUUUUCUGGCCUUGCUGCUGAGUUCAUUUAGUUCAGACAGCCUUUCUCCUACCGAGGAUGAUAAUGAAAUGAAUAAUUUACAGAUAGCUGUUUCAAGAAUUCAGAAGGGAAUAGAUUUUGUGAAGGAAAAAGUAGGUGAAUAUAUUCAAAAAUCUUGCUGGAAGAAACAAGUGGCUGCAAAUGAAAGAACAGCAACAGAUCAGUUGAAUGAUGAAAGACACCAUUGCAUUUCCAACUGUACCGUUGCUGAAAUAAAGAUAGAUACAACUUACCACAAAAAUGAGAAUGGAACAGCUGGUGUUGUAGGGAACAGUGACUAUCCAUUGUUCAUAAACAACCCAAGCCUUACUGUUACAGUACCGAUAGCUGUUGGAGAAUCUGACUUUGAACAUAUAAAUACGGAAGAGUUUAGUAGCGACUCAGAUUUGGAGGAAAGCAAGGAGAAGAUAAAUCUUUCCAGCUCAUCUGAAGGAAGUACAGUUAAUUUGGCUCUCUUUGAAGAAAAAGCUGAGACUGAACCAGAAAAAGCAGCAGAGCUACAGACAUGUUUUACAGAAGGUUGUAUACAGAAGUUUAAAUGCUGUAGAUGCAAUAUGGAAAGCAGAAGAGGAAUAAUCUGGUGGAACCUUAGAAAAACUUGCUACAGGAUAGUAGAACACAACUGGUUUGAAACAUUCAUUGUCUUCAUGAUUCUUCUCAGCAGUGGUACUCUGGCUUUUGAAGAUAUAUAUAUUGAACAGCGCAAGACUAUCAAGGUCAUACUGGACUAUGCUGAUAAAAUCUUCACUUAUAUCUUUAUUCUGGAAAUGGUGCUAAAAUGGGUGGCUUAUGGUUUUCAAACUUACUUCACUAAUGCCUGGUGCUGGCUGGACUUCCUGAUUGUUGAUGUCUCCUUAGUUAGCUUAGUAGCUAAUGCUCUCGGUUUCUCAGAACUUGGUGCAAUUAAAUCUCUCCGAACAUUAAGGGCUUUGAGACCUCUAAGAGCUUUGUCACGCUUCGAAGGAAUGAGGGUGGUUGUGAAUGCUCUUACUGGAGCAAUCCCAUCCAUAAUGAAUGUGCUUCUGGUUUGUCUUACAUUCUGGCUAAUUUUCAGCAUCAUGGGAGUAAAUCUGUUUGCUGGCAAGUUCUUUUACUGUGUUAACACCACAACUGGACUUCAGUUCAAACCAGAUGAAGUUGAUAACAAAACUAUGUGUGAAAAUCGUAGGAGCACUGCAUCAGAUGUUCAAUGGAAAAAUGUGAAAGUAAACUUCGAUAAUGUUGGAGCUGGUUAUCUUUCUCUGCUUCAAGUAGCAACAUUUAAAGGAUGGAUGGAAAUCAUGUAUGCUGCUGUUGACUCUAGGGAUGUAGGGAAACAGCCCAUGUACGAGGAUAACCUAUACAUGUAUCUUUACUUUGUUGCCUUUAUCGUCUUUGGAUCCUUCUUCACCCUAAACUUGUUCAUUGGUGUCAUCAUAGAUAACUUUAACCAACAAAAAAAGAAGCUAGGAGGUCAGGACAUUUUUAUGACAGAAGAACAAAAGAAAUACUACAAUGCAAUGAAGAAAUUAGGUUCCAAGAAACCACAAAAACCUAUACCUAGGCCAGCGAAUAAAUUGCAAGGUUUGGUGUUUGAUAUUGUAACAAAACAAGCAUUUGACAUCGGCAUUAUGGUCCUCAUCUGUCUUAACAUGGUCACCAUGAUGAUAGAAACAGAUGACCAGAGUGAACUUAUGCAAAAUAUUUUAUACUGGAUUAACUUUGUUUUUGUUGUCCUUUUCACUGGAGAAUGUGUCUUAAAACUCUUCUCGCUCCGUUACUAUUACUUCACUGUUGGCUGGAAUAUCUUUGAUUUUGUGGUUGUUAUCCUUUCAAUAGUAGGUAUGUUUUUAGCUAAGGUGAUUGAAAAGUAUUUUGUGUCCCCUACUUUGUUCCGAGUCAUCCGACUUGCCAGAAUAGGUCGCAUCCUGCGUCUCAUUAAAGGCGCAAAGGGAAUCCGCACUCUGCUUUUUGCUCUGAUGAUGUCUCUUCCUGCUUUGUUCAACAUUGGCCUGCUGCUCUUCUUGGUCAUGUUUAUCUAUGCCAUAUUUGGCAUGUCCAACUUUGCCUACGUUAAGAGGGAAGCUGGAAUUGAUGACAUGUUCAACUUUGAAACAUUUGGCAACAGCAUGAUCUGCCUAUUUCAAAUUACCACAUCUGCUGGCUGGGAUGGCUUGUUAGCCCCAAUUCUUAACAGUGGGGAGCCGGACUGUGAUCCUAACAAAGUUCACCCGGGGAGCUCUGUUAAAGGUGACUGUGGCAACCCUUCGGUUGGGAUUUUCUUCUUUGUCAGCUACAUCAUCAUAUCCUUUCUGGUGGUGGUGAACAUGUACAUUGCUGUCAUUCUGGAGAAUUUUGGUGUUGCAACUGAAGAAAGUGCUGAGCCCUUGGGUGAGGAUGACUUUGAGAUGUUCUAUGAGGUUUGGGAAAAAUACGAUCCAGAUGCAACACAGUUCAUAGAAUACAGCAAACUAUCAGAGUUUGCAGCUUCUCUGGAUCCUCCUCUUAAUAUACCAAAACCAAACAAGAUCCAGCUGAUUGCAAUGGAUCUGCCCAUGGUAAGCGGUGACAGAAUUCACUGCCUCGACAUCCUGUUUGCUUUCACAAAGCGUGUGUUAGGGGACAGUGAUGAGAUGGAUGCCCUCAGAGUACAGAUGGAAGACCGAUUUAUGGCAGCCAAUCCUUCCAAAGUCUCCUAUGAACCAAUCACAACCACAUUAAAACGGAAACAGGAAGAAGUGUCUGCUACCAUUAUUCAGCGUGCCUAUAGAUGUUAUCUUUUAAGACGAUCAAUAAAGAAACUCUCAUAUAUGUACCGCAAAGAUGGGGUUGAUAUACUUAGCAAAAAUUAUAUGCUUUUUGGUAAGCUAAGUGAAAAUUCAACUUCAGAAAAAACAGAUAUGACUGCAUCCACCACAUAUCCACCUUCCUAUGACAGCGUAACAAAACAAGAAAAGGAAAAAUAUGAAGAUGACAAAUCAGAAAAAGAAGACAAAGGGAAAGACAGAAAAGGAAAUAAAAAGUGGAAGAAGACAUAAAGAAGUGGGCAGUGGUGGCUGUUUAAAGCCUCAGAAGAUGAAAUUUUUUUAUCAAUAACACUUCUGUUGGAGGAUUAUGCCAAAAUGACAAGUUUUUACUUAUUUACCGAGUGCUAUUGUCAGUGCCUGUACUGAGAUAAUGACAUGUGGUAGCAAACCCUGUAUGUAGCAGGGAAACAAGCAUUCCAGAAGAAUAGUUUUUAUUACCAGCUGGCACUAAUAGAGAGGAGACAUAAACUUUUUACUUGGACUAUAUGGACUCUUAAUGGAGGGCAAAAUUAUCAGUUCUAGUAAGUUUGUGGAAUACGUGUAUCCACUGUAUGCAUUUCAUCUACUAUGUAUGUGUAUCUUUUCCUUUGGUGGUCUCAUUUGCUGUAAUUCACAUUCUAUUAUUUGUAAUUGUACUCUGUUGAGGAAGAAGAUAAAUGUUCAUACAGAGGAACACAAUGUCAUGAGUUAGGUAAUUACAGAGUCAGAAUGUGAACAUAGUCUUCUUCAAGCCACCGCUUCUAAAAGCAGAAAAGAGAGUGUCCAGACACUUGGACCUUAGAAUCUACAUCAAAUCAACAGCAAAUGAUAAAGAAUAUAGUUUAGAAAAAUAAUUUAUCAGAAAACAGAACAGAAGAAUCAUUUUCACAGAAAGGAGGUUAGUAAUUUGUUCUCUUGAUUUUACUAUACUUGUUUAAUAUUUCCUAUUAACUCUUCAUU